AAAAAAAAGGGUGCACCAUGGAUCAUGCAGCUGAUGCCCAUAGAACUGAUUUGAUGACCAUCACUCGCCAUGUCCUUAAUGAACAAACCAAGUACCCUGAAUCUCGUGGUGAUUUCACCAUCUUGCUCAAUCAUAUUGUUCUUGGCUGUAAAUUCGUUUGCUCUUCUGUUAGCAAGGCGGGUCUUGCCAAACUAUUUGGACUUGCUGGAGAAACCAAUAUCCAGGGUGAAGAACAAAAGAAAUUGGAUGUGCUUUCUAAUGAAGUUUUUGUUAAGGCUUUGAUUAGCAGUGGAAGAACAUGCCUCCUGGUUUCUGAGGAAGAUGAAGAAGCUAUAUUUGUGGAUCAAUCAAAGCGUGGAAAAUACAUUGUUGUUUUUGAUCCAUUGGAUGGAUCCUCAAACAUUGAUUGUGGUGUUUCCAUAGGAACUAUAUUUGGGAUUUAUAUGGUGAAACAUAAAGACAAUCCCACCAUUGAUGAUGUAUUACAACCUGGAAAUAAUCUCGUAGCAGCCGGUUAUUGUAUGUACGGAAGCUCCUGCACGUUAGUGCUAAGUACUGGGAGCGGCGUUAACGGUUUCACUCUCGAUCCAUCUCUAGGGGAGUUCAUAUUAACUCAUCCCGAUAUCAAGAUACCUAAGAAAGGAAAGAUUUAUUCAGUAAAUGAAGGAAAUGCCAAAAAUUGGGAUGAACCAACUCGAAAGUUUGUUGAAAAAUGCAAGUUCCCUACAGACGGUUCACCCCCAAAGUCCCUUAGGUACAUUGGAAGCAUGGUUGCAGAUGUUCACCGAACAUUGCUUUAUGGUGGUAUCUUUUUAUACCCUGCAGAUAAGAAAAGUCCUAAUGGGAAGCUACGUGUUCUUUACGAAGUUUUCCCUAUGUCAUACCUAAUGGAACAAGCUGGAGGUCAAGCUUUUACUGGAAAGCAAAGGGCCCUCGAUUUAGUUCCGGGGAAGAUACAUGAACGAUCUCCGGUUUUCCUUGGUAGCUAUGAUGACGUUGAAGAAAUUAAAGCACUCUAUGCUGCUGCUGAUGCUGCAAAAUAGGAAGAAGAAAAUGCUGCAUAAACUUGUAGACUUUGUAUCAGUCUUUUUAAGCUUUUUAACAUGUGGUUCCUUAAAGAGUACUAAUAAUUUAAUCCCUGUACUAUUGAAGAAUCAAAUAUGACCAAAUUAAAAUAAAAUAAAUAUUUAUUAUUUAAAAAA